AUGGCCAGACUCGUAAACUUACGUGACAUUAGCACUUCUGCUACGGGCAUGGCACAUAGCCACCGCUCCACAGCAUUACCUCAUCCUAGCACACAGAUCAGCACGAGAGACCAGUAUUCUCCGGCGACGCCCUCUUUUAGGAGGGUCUCGGAGCACCAUCCCAGAUCUCCAUCAUACCCAGCCGCUCUACGACGCCACCCUAUAUCUCCAACCUCAAGUCCAAUUACCAGCUUCACUGCGCCAACUGCUUUGAGAAUGGAUGGCACUGGUCACUAUGCGCCGUCCUCCAGGACACAGACGAGCGUGCCUCCGCUGAGCCCCAUCACAAACCUGGGCAUCCUUCAGUACACGGACGGAGGCGUACCAGUCAAAGUUGACAUACAUGGCAACAUCGACAAGGGUUUCUUCCAGUCCGAAGGUGACUGGACGUGCUACAGGAGAAAUUAUUUUUCAUGCAUCUGCUCCUUCAACCUGAACCCGCACUAUCCCGGCCAGCCGCUGCAGUUCACGCAAAGCGGCUCCACGCAAUCCUACACAAUUAUCGGCUUCGCCAUGUCCAUUUCGGCCGUUGUUGCGGACAACGACUCCCACACGAUCGAAUUGGUACAACACACGCCCAAAAGAGAUAAGGGACCGAUAGCGAAGCCUGAAAAGGUGCGACUACACCCCAAAUACCAUCAGCCAUCACACCCACUUGGGCUCUACUCCCAUGAUAGCGCGCUCGGAGGGCUCCCGAGGCUUGGAUUCGCAGACGGCGGGAGUUUCUCAGGCUCGCAUCAAGGGAACGACUCCUACCAGACGGAACACACGUUCGAGCGCAUCCAGUUCAAACAGGCAACGGCGAACAAUGGAAAGAGGAGGGCUGCCCAGCAAUACUACCAUCUAUUGAUUGAACUGUGGGCUGAUGUAGGCCAAGGUCCCGAUAAUCUUGUUAGAAUCGCCUACCGGAAGUCAGCCAAGAUGAUUGUCCGAGGGCGUUCUCCGGGACACUACCAGAGUGAAAGGCGUGCCAGCACAAGCAGCGGCCCCGGAGGCUCAGGUGGCAGUUUGACCGGCUACCCAAGCAGCACGAUUCUUGGGGCAGACUUCUCUACUGGAGGCGCGAUGAUGGGGGGCGGUUAUGGAGGAGCUUUUGAGGCACGCGGAGGAGCACACUACGGAACAGUGCGCCACCACCCGGAGCUUGAGCCGAUGAUCCCUCCUGAGGAUGCAAAGACCAUGGAAACGACCAAGGAGUACCGCUAUUACCCCGGUGCUAUCUACGAACAGGCUGACGCGGAAGGAGGGGUGGAAAUGUUUGCGAAUCACAGAAGCGGGCAGGACAGCAUGGGAUCGCAUAUGACGUCUAGCUAUGACCCGCUUCAUGAAAGAGUCAAACGUGACCCCGAAGUUGGCAUGCUGCCAAGUAUUUUCCAACAAGGGCCACUCAUGUCGAGCCAACGGUGCGGUCCGUACGAGGGGAAGACGACAUCGACCGGCUAUUACCCAACAACUAUGGUAUCGCAGCCUGGAGUCAACCUUACGAACAUGACCUGA